GUUUGCAGUCGUUUGAGAGUCGUCGGACUGGUCGGUGGCCAAUAGUUCUUCUCUUAGAAAAACAAGUGGAAGCAAAAUGAAGUUACGGAGUGCCCUUCAAAUACUUCUUGUGAGCCUUGUGGCUCUCCAGCAACUCGACCUGGGCGAGGGAUCUCGCAUCCUGGCCGCCUUCUUCUUUCCCGGCAAAAGUCACUUCAUGAUGACCAACGCCAUUAUCCGGGAACUGGUGAAACGGGGUCAUGAAGUCACCUUCAUUACACCCUUCUCCUUGGCAAAAGAGAACCUGGGUCCCAACUACAAGGAAAUCGUGAUUGACCAAUACAAUUUCUGGCCGGAGAUCAAGGAGAUGACCAACACCAACACCAUCAUGGAAAUGACCGACGUAAACAGGUUGACUUUCCUCCGGAUGGUGAACGUAAUGGGUACCCACAGCACGGACUUUGCCUUUGAUCAGCCUGGCGUUCAGGCGGUCAUUAAUGCCAAGGAAAAGGCUGGAAAGUACGACCUCCUCCUGGUGGAACAGUUCUACAACGAGGGAGCUCUCAUCCUGGGUCACUUGUAUCAGAUUCCGGUCAUUACCGUCUCGACCUUUGGCUACGCCAACUAUCUCAGCCAGCUGUUUGGCAUUGUGUCCCCUUGGUCCUACGUCCCGCAUCUGUACAUGCCCUACACUGAUCGAAUGUCCCUGUGGGAACGUGUUGGAAAUGUAUUCAUGAGUGCAACCGAGGACCUCAUGAGAAGGUACUCGUACUACCCCGAACACGAUGCCAUCCUGCAGAAGCACUUCUCCCAUCUACUUGACCGGGUUCCGACAAUCAACGAACUUGAAAGAAAUAUCUCGGCUAUUCUAUGCAACCAGUACGUGCCUUUGGCUUCUCCCAGACCAAUCGCCUACAAUAUGAUUCCAGUGGGAGGACUCCACAUUAAGCCACCAAAGGCUCUGCCAGAGAAUCUCCAGAACUUCCUCGAUGGAGCCACUCACGGAGCCAUUUACUUUAGUUUGGGUUCCCAAGUUCAAAGUGCCGACUUACCCCCCGAAAAGCUGAAGAUAUUCCUGAAUGUCUUCGGCAGCCUCAAGCAGAGGGUUCUGUGGAAGUUCGAGGAUGAGUCUCUGCCCAAUCUCCCCGCCAACGUGAAGGUGCAAAAGUGGAUGCCACAGGCAGACAUCCUAGCUCAUCCCAAUGUCAAGGUUUUCAUUGCCCAUGGCGGACUUUUUGGCUUCCAGGAAGCUGUUAAUUACGGGGUGCCAGUAUUGGGAAUGCCCGUCUAUGCCGACCAGUAUUCAAACCUCAAUAAUGGCAAACAGGCAGGACUUGCCCUGGUCAUGGAUUACAGGAAGUUCACCGAAGAAGAGCUUCGUUCGAAUCUGCUUGAGCUUCUGGAGAACCCAAAGUUCAAGAACAACAUGAAACAGGCUUCGAAAGUAUUCCGCGACAGACCUCUGAGCGCCAUGGACACGGCCAUGUACUGGAUCGACUAUGUGAUCGAGCAUCGUGGAGCCCCUCAUCUUACUUCCGUAGGAGUGGAGCUUCCCUGGUACCAGUUCUAUCUCCUGGACGUCAUUGGGCUGGCUCUCGCCGUAGUCCUACUGCCUAUCGUGGCGCUAUUUGGUAUCUGCCGAAAGAGCUCCAAGACGACGGCUAACAGCCCCAAGAAGAAGAUUAAGAAGAAUUGAAACAUAA